AUGGCCCCGAAGGUUGUUUCUGGCAAAGCCGCGAAGAAGGCGUCGAAGGUGAAGGUCCCGAAGGUCGAUAAGAAGAAGAAGCGAAGGAGGAAGGAGAGUUAUGCCAUCUACAUCUACAAGGUCCUCCGUCAGGUGCACCCCGACACCGGUAUCUCCUCGAAGGCCAUGUCAAUCAUGAAUUCCUUCGUCAACGACAUCUUUGAGCGUAUUGCCGCUGAGUCCAGCCGCCUCGCUCACUACAAUAAGCGCUCGACCAUCACCAGCAGAGAAAUCCAGACUGCUGUCCGUCUUCUGCUUCCUGGUGAAUUGGCCAAACACGCCGUUUCCGAGGGCACGAAAGCCGUGACCAAGUACACAAGCACCAAGUAA